GUGUGCGAGACCCAAUACACUAGUUUCUCUUUAGACAGGGUUGUAUAAGUUCCCUUAUCCCUUCGCGUCAAGAGACUGUGUGUUAUAAUAAUGACAAGUCCUCUUUAUUGUUGACUUGGAUCAUUGUGACGAUCAUUUAGGCCAUGUUGUGCUGGGAAACUACUGAUCCGUGACAAAGGAAAUUCACGACCGGUUUUUUUUAUUUUUCGUAGAAGAGAAGAGCUAUAAAAAAAGUGGGUAAAACCAUGUCGAUCGUGGUGUCGUCCUUGACCAUCGCGACGCAGCUGGCGUUGUCGCAUGUCAUCCGCGGCCGUCUGUCGGACCUCAUUCAGAAUGAGCUCCUCAAGGGCUGCCUCCUCGAACUGGUGGCAGCGGCGGAGAUGUGCGGCUCCUGCUACGAGCUGAUCAUCAUUGCCGAUAACUAUGGAGUGUAUGCUUACGGCGUGUACCUCUGGCUCAUGACCAUCUGGUGGGGCCAGUCGUGGGGAACCGCCACAGCCUGCCCUUACAGCCUGCUCGAGGAGUACGUGGAAGUGGGAAGUGACGCUGUCUCGGUCGUGCUCAAGAUUAUUGCUCAAGUGUUAGGUGGCUUGAUGUCCUUCAGAUGGGUGAAAUACAUCUGGAUGAUGGAACUCGCCGCAACGCACGUGGGCCGCGGCGUUGACGACUGCACGGCUGACCUCCAAGUCCCUGUCAUUGCUGGCUUCCUGAUCGAGUGUGUGCUGACCUGCGCCUGCCGACUCGUCUCUCGAGCUCUGGGUGAAAUCGAGCCCAAAUUUGCCUCCGCGAUCGAUUCGUUCUUUGCUACUUCCAUGGUGGUGCUCGCUUUCAACUAUUCCGGCGGCUACUUCAACCCCGUGCUGGCGACCGGCCUCAAGUGGAGCUGCCGAGGACACACGAACGCCGAGCACAUCAUCGUGUACUGGGCGGGCUCCAUCUUGGGCGCGAUGCUGUCCAUUCGCCUCUGGAACCUCGCCGUCGUCAAGAACACCAUGGUCGGUCCCUUCAAGCCGAAGGAAGAGUAGGAGAGGAAGAGAGGAGGUUGAUACUUUUGAAAGAAG